AUGGCCGCCAAUUUCCUUCACUUCCUGCCCCAGAAAUCUCCGAUUUCCAUCGCCCACCACCGCGCCACACCACCGCUAACAACUAAGCAGUUCACACAGAUCAGUUUCCCUCGCCGCCACCGGCAGAACGCCAUCAAUGGGGACGAAACUCCACAGCAGCUUCCACCUACAGUAACGCCCCCGCCGGAGACCGUGGAGGUGAGGUUCAGGCGGCGGUCUAAAAGGCGCGGGAGACAGCGAGGGGAAGAUGGAGGAGGAGCCAAAGGAGCGGCGGCAAGACCGCCGGCGCCGAAGAAGAAAUGGGAGGAAAUGAGCAUGGGAGAGAAGGCGCUGGAGCUUUACGUUGGGGAGAAAGGAGCGCUGUUCUGGCUGAACAAGUUCGCAUAUGCCUCCAUUUUCAUCGUCAUCGGUGGCUGGAUCGUUUUCCGGUUCGUCGGCCCGGCGCUGAAUCUCUACCAGCUGGACGCUCCCCCGCUCCCUCCUUCUGCCGUGUUCAAGGGAUGA